AAAUAUGUCGUUCAAUCGUGAUAGCAAAUCUAAUGUUUGACUAAUUUUUAUUUUCAUUUUACGAGGCUACAUCUUCGUGACUUUAUUGUUCUUUCUUGCAAUCAAACUAGGAAGUAUUAAUUCAUUUAUUUAAGUAUAAAAAGAAGUGACUAAUGCAACUUUUCCUUAUUCAAGUUCAACUUCUAAGCUUUCAAAGCAGACCACAAUGAGAAAUUUAAUUUUGCUCGUAGUUUUUGUCAUUUUCACAAUUUGGAUAAGAAAUGUCAAAGCAGGAGGCGAAUCAUUCCCCUGGAGUCCAAGCUCCUCAGAAACAGCUGUUAAUUGCAUUUUAAAUCCCUCAAAUGGAAAAGCUACAAGAAUGGCCGUGGCUGAUUGCGAGUAUCCUUGUCCCGAAGGAAAGGUACAGGAAGUUUUCCCAGGAUUUGGAUGUUGUUGUAAAGAGCCAGAAAGUACUCCAUCAUCAUCAAGUCCUUAAACUAGAAAAGUUUUCGGGAACAAGACAAACAAUGAAAUUUCCCGAAACUCGUUUUAAUAUUUGAAAAUUUAAGCGGAAAACAAAUUUAAAAAUAAAGAAAAAGUCUGAAAACUUCCACAUAACUAACGUCUAAUAAUUUACGAAAUGAUUCAAAAGCUUUUUAAUAUAAAAGAAACUCUGCAUUGAAUUUCGUAAAUUGCU